AUGUCAUCUGGGGAGCCAGAUAUUGAAGCUCGAAAGGGCACGACUCAACGUGAUCUAAAGGAAUUCCAUCACUCUAAAGAAAUCUUCAAUAUCCCUAGCAGUUCCGGUGAGUUCCAGCCGCAGUCGCUUAAAAAAACUGAACCAUCGCCCACGACUGAAAAGGUUAGCUCACUCGGUUCACUCGCCGAUUCGAAAACCGCUCCAGAGGAAACCCCUCAACUUUGCCUUGUCGAAGAUAUCCUACAAGGGCUAUCUGAACUCAAAGAGAACAAAGAGAACAAAGAGAUUGCCGAGGAAAAGGCAAACAAAUUCACGAAGAAAGUCAUGAACAUGGAGCAUAGGUUCAGUCUCCGGCCCUACCGCAAGGAUCUCACACCUGCAGAGUUUAGGCAGGACUGGAUACAGAAGCUCAUGAACCCCUGGAUGGAGGACUGUGACGAUGCUCAUGCUUUCUUGAUCUACGCCAAGAGGCGCAUAGCUGAUGCUGACAGAUUCCAGAGAAUUAUCUGA